AUGGACGGCUGCAGCAAGCCGUGCACUCCGGCAGGCAUCACGUGCUGCGACUCCAUCUGGAUCCCCUCGCUCACCAUCCCCAACGUCGUCCUCUACCCGCAGGACCGCUACCAGACUGAGAGCAUAUUCUUCUUUGGCGAUUACAGCACAGAUGCCAGUGCCGUCGACAGAGAGUCCAUCGUUGAAGGAACCUUCUCCUCGCCCUUCACCUUCCAACGAUUCCCCUUUGACACCCAGGUCCUGCGAUUGGUGGUGGCAGUGGAGGGCAGCGGCGAGUUCUACCUGGUGGGGAGCAACUCGGGGCGGCAGUCGGAGCAGGGGGGCGGGCAGCUGGGGGGAGGGGGAGGCACGUACGUGAAUGAUGAAGUCACGGGCUGGAAGAUCACCAGUGUGGCGCUCAACUGCACUCCCGCUGACACCACCGUCAGCAGCUCCGCCUCCUACCAUCCCGAGGACCCGUGGAACGCCGUGCCGGACAGUGCCAGCAGCAGCAGCAGCAGCAGCGGUGGCGCGGGCAGCAACCAGAGCGCCACGUGCAUCUUCACCAUCCACAUCCAACGCACCAGCGGCGUCUAUGUCAUUGCUGUGCUGCUGCCGGUCAUCCUGAGCGUCUAUCUCACAUUCACGGCCUUCAUAGCAAAGCCAGAGGAUCUCGAGAUUCGAUUGGGGGCGUGCCUCACGCUCUUCCUUGCACUCGUAGCCAUUCAGUUCGUCAUUGACAGCCAGCCUUCUCCUCCGCCCUUCUCUCCCCCUCUCUCGCCUCAGACCCCGCUUCAAAAACCAAAACCCCUACUCCUCUGGUCAUCCAACGCUGUCUUGGCAAUCCCCUCCCAAAUCCCUUUCCUUCCCCCUCCUUCUUUCCUCCCCUUCCCGUCCCCUGCAUGCAUGCAGUUGCCGCGCACGUCAGCGAUAACCAACUUUGGGUAUCUGAUGAUAGUCUCAUACAUUGUCAUCUGGCUCUGCACCAUGGAAAACCUCAUCGCCUUCUGCAUUGCCGAGCGCAUCGAGAAGAACGUGCAGGAGCUCGUGCAGGACGCACUGCCGCCCGCUCUCGUAAACAAUCACUCUGCUGCGGACAAGGCAGCGGGCGAGAAGCUGAUGGGCGGUGGGGGGGAAGGCGUGGAAGGCGUUGACAGCAACGACCCUGAAGCCAUUGCUGAAGCUGCAGCGGAGCGGAGGGCUGCUGCAGCUGAGGAGAAGCAGAAGAAGAACGUCCCGGGCCUGCUGGUAUGUCCCACUGGGCUGCGUGCUGCUGCUUCUGUUGUUGCUGCUGCUGCUGUUGCUGUGGGUGGGUCUAGUUAG